UUAAACAACUAACAUGGCUGGCCAGCUUCGCCAUCUUCAUGUUUUCUCCCGCAAGCAUCCAUCUUCUUCUUCUUCUCACCCUCCUUCAUCAACCUUAAACUCCACGAAACUCAAAACCCUAACCCUAAUCCAAACCGUCGUCUUCUCCCAGCUCUGCCGCGUCGUGGGAGCCGUCGCCGGAGCCAAGUCCAUUCUCCUUCACAUCCUCCGAGCUCUCCAAAUGCACCUCGUAAGACAACUCCCAAUGAUUGCUAAGAAAAGCAAGACGAUGAGCAACGACGGCAGAAAGAGGAAGCUGUUUCUCGGCUCCUUCCGGCUACACUACAACUGGUGCUCCUCUCACGUUGUGCCGGCGGCGGCGGUCGCGGCUCCUCCGCUCGGCGACUCGAUCGUCUCCGCGGCUCGCGAUGAGUGCGGCGGGCUCUCGGGGUACCUUGACUGGCUAGAAGAGAAGGUGGAUUGUGAGGAGAGCGGCGAUAUCGACCAGAUCGCUGAUAUGUUCAUCGCCGAUUGCCAUGAGAGGUUCAGAUUGGAGAAAGUUGAGUCUGAUCGGAGGUUUCAAGAGAUGUUGGCUAGGAGUGUAUGAAGAAGAAGAUGAUUCUCAUAGACAUGAUAUGAUGAUGAUUAUGAUCCAGUUGUUUCUCUCGAUCAGUUACUUCCAAUUCUUAAGUCUUUUUGUUUUUGUU